AUGGAUGCCGAUGUCGAUGCGAUCGAUAUCGAUGAUGAUGAUCAUGACGAUGCUAACAUAUUCAGCAUCGCCAAUGACCGCCAAAGUGAGGACGAUGAUACCCUCACUGGUGAAGACAACGUUCUUUCAGCAGUGCACACGAAGCGUACUGCUGUUGACAAGGAUGAAUUAGCAGAGGAAUAUCUGCUGACUCGCGAAGCAGUUGUCCGCUUCGUUCAAGACUCUUUUGCAGAUGCAAUAGACAAGCUGAAGAGAAUUGCAGACAAACAUGGAAUAGCAAGUGUUCUUUCAUUUGAUGAAGGAGACUUAGUUUUACUGUCGACAGGAAGCCUACCAAAACACGCAGUGACAAACGUGUGCAGCAGCAAACUACUGUCCAAGUACAUCGGUCCAUUUCUUGUAUUGCGCCGCAUGGGCAAAGCAAACACGAUUGAGCUACCUCUUAGUAUGCGUACGCAUACUACGUUUUACGUUGAACGUCUCCGCCCGUACUAUCAGCACGAGCCCGCUUCGAGAGGCGAAGAACACCUCCGCAGUCAAGGGCCGAAAUCACCUUCGAGUGGUCCCGUUUCAACGAGCCAGUCUGGUCGACUAGCGAAGCGACCUGCUCACGCAGUUGAGCGAUGUACUGACGAGCUGCAGUCAGACUGUCAGAAAGAUAACCAACCAAAGGUUUGUUAUCAAGUUGCGCGAACGAUAAUGCGGCACCAUCGUUCGAACGAUCGUGCGCUAGCGAAUUGUAAUUAUCCUUUUCAAGGUCAUGGAUCUCUUAACGCCGAGUCCGUUCAUGAGCCAGGUUAUCGUGUAACUGUUCCGUUACACGUUUCAGUUCCUAAACAUCGAGCUGAUCCGAACAUCGAGCCGGAUCAGGCGUUCCAGCCACCACCACAUCCUUUGGUGGAUUCUGGCGGUGGUCAACGCUUUCUAGUGGAGCGUCUUUUGAACCACCGCGACGUGAAUGGCGUCCGGACGAGUUACCUUGUCCUCUGGCGUGGCUAUCCACCGGCGUGGGACAGCUGGGAGCCUCGUGCCCAGCUGAUUGUUGAUGUCCCUGGUCUCGUCGAGAAGUACGACGAGACCCAUCCGCUGCGUUUGAAGAAGGGUCGUCAGAAAACGACCUGCCUGAACGCAAGUACAGGGAUUGCAAGGUGUCAAUCCCUUCGGCCAUCUCGGAAGGGAUGCGCGCUCUCCAGUAGGGAUCAUUAG